AUGACUUCCGCAGACUACACUGAGGAUGGCAUCACCAAUCCGAUCCUGAAUGAGGAAGAGCCUCUAUUAGGGCCUAACGGCAGCGUGACCCAAAACGACACCACGCCGAUUUAUCAUAAUUUUCUCACAGGAACUGCUGUGGUUGCUCAGGCCGGUAUCUGGGUGUUGUUCGCUGUCAUCUGGUCUGCCGUGUUCUCUCACGACUUGAUCUUUUUUACAGCGCAUCCGCUGCUCAACUCCACCGCUCUUUUGCUUCAAGUACAAGCAAUCCUUGUCCUUCAACCUACAUCAACACCUCGCCAAAAGUCAGUAGGGACAUAUAUCCAUUCCGCUCUCUUGACUCUCAGUCUUGCCGGCUUCAUCUCAGCCUUUGUCGUCAUUGAACUAAACAAAGAUUCUGAACACCGAUUGAGCUCCAUACACGGAGUUCUCGGAUUCAUCACGUACAUAUUGAUCAUCAUCCAGGCUUUGGUCGGAGUCGCCCAGUUCUGGGUCCCCAAAUGGGUAUUCGGUAGCGUUGAGAAUGGAAAGAAAAUAUACAAAUACCACCGCGUAUUUGGCUAUGUCUUGCUAGUGCUAGAGCUUGCGGCUGUGGCCGCUGCAACGCAGACUACGUAUAACAUUUCUGUGCUGAAUAUUGCACUGUGGGCUGUUUUGGUCACUUCAGUUCUCAUUCUUCUGGGCGUUGGGGCACGUGUCAAACUGAGCAAGUUUGGUUUCUGA